ACCUAAAUAAUCGACGUCUCCAGCACAAUAAUUAAAAGAUGAAAAAAAAUCGUGCACUUUCCUAGAAGAUAUUGCAUUUAAUAACGGUGCCCCCGGUUGAGGACUAGUGGAAUUCUUCAGGGGUAAGUUUUAAAACUAGGAUUUCUUUAGGGGUAGAGUUAAAAAAAUAUGGAAUUCUUUGGAGGUGAAAUUCUUCGGGGGUAGACCAACAUUCUUCAGGGGUGAAUGCAAUAUUAAUUAAUCUUCAAAGGUAAGAAGAAAAGGUAAGACUUCAACCUGGAGGUACAGAUAUUAAAUGCAAUAGCCCAUUAUAUUAAUCGCUUCAAAUAUUCUAAACGUUCGCUAUUUGAUUUCUCUCAGUCGUUUCAGGAGGCAACGUCAGAUUUUGAGAGCAUCCCAGGAACGUUCUGGUGGGCCGUCAUCACCAUGACGACAGUAGGAUAUGGGGAUGUUUAUCCCAGGUCUUUUCUCGGAAAGAUUAUAGGCACAGUCUGCGCAUGUGUAGGUGUGCUAAUCGUUGCACUUCCCGUGUCGGUGAUUGGAAGCAACUUCACUUUGUUUUAUUCUCACGCGCAGGCGCAACUGAAACUUCCUAAAAAGAAGCGCACGCCGCUUCUACUUGGCGCUGCUGGUGCUCUGGUGUCAGAAUCCACUUUGUUUAAUAACGAUGAUAAGUCGAACAGCUCCGAAGAAGUGGGAAGCAGCCCGAGUCCCCGCAGAGGUUCUCUUGCUUUACCUCGGAAGAGCCUUCGGAAUCCUUCGAUAACUCCUCGCAGUCGCAUGGUUUACAGGGAAGCCACCUUACCUUCCACUUUACCUAAACUAGAAUCUGACACUUCUCUCGAAGUAGAAGCCACCUCGACUGCUAAGAAGAGCAACGAAGAACUGUUUUCAUCACCACCCACAGGAAGCGCAGUGGACAUAUCCAGCGGUCUUCGUGGGGCGAGUGACGUCAUGCUUCAUAUAACUGCUCCUUCACAUCGUCGAAUGGCAAUUUCUCCUGCACCCACUCCUCCCUCAAGACGAGCAAGUCAGCGGAGGAGACGAAGAGGGGGAAGCAAACGGCUGGCAAAAGGCUUAAAUGAUGAUCUUUCGUCGCACGAGAAUGAAAGGGACAGUUACUAUACUACUACUGACGGGGAAUUGAGCCAAGGAGAAACUGGUACCCAUGGGAAUUCUCCCGGUGAAGCAUCACCACCAGAGAAAGAUAAUGGAACGCGUAGAUCGUCUGACGAGUCAAACACAUCAGGAAAUAAAAAUGGUACAGAACUAAGAUUUGUUUGUUCAGAUGAGAAAAGAGAAAUAGGAGCUUCAAGUUCUGGGGAUAAAACAAGAGACGCGGGCGCGUGCCCACUCGACAAAACAGAGGAUAAAAUACCGUCACGUGGUGGCUCGAACUCAAAUGUGAGCUUAAAAGGAGUGACAUUUGAUGCUAUGGAACACAACGAACACACAAAUCAAAAGGAUCUGAACGAGGCUCCAAUUCAAUGCGCACCAAUGUGGAAAUCAUUUGAAAACUUGAGCGAUGAUGGUAAUAAAUUAGGUGUCGAGCCUCGACUGAGGUCAAGAAGCGAACUUGCUGCUACUGAAACUCCACCAUGCAAGAGGAGAAAUGCGAUUGGUGGGAACCGCAAUUUUACAGCAAUGACAAUAUCGCCACUUGCGCGGUCAGAUGAAAGACUCUACAGAGCCAUAUCGAAUGGACCGUUUAGAGAUCUUAAAUCAAGAAACAUAAAGGGUACCUCAAGUGCGAGGAAUUCGCAUCAUGACGCUGCAGACAAAAACUCGCAAGAGUUGAAGAAUAUCCACCCCAGAUUAAUAUCAGCGUCUCCACAGGGCAACAGCUCGUUGGAGACUGAAGAAAAAGAGGUGAUAUGCGAAGUGGUUAGAGCACCCAAGAAAGAUGUCAUACAAAAUAUGACUCGGGUUUAA